UACACUCCAGUCCAGUUGGUGGCGGUAAUGCAGCUGCAGGCGUGAACAACACAAUGUAAGAAGCAGAAGAAGAAGAGAGUCACAGGCGGAACAAGCGGCCCUGCAGAGGAACAAAGGACGGCUGAGUUACCCAGUAUGGAAAUAGUCUGCUCUGGUUAGCCAAGUCUCAAGCAACCAUGUCAAAGCGACCAUCCUACGCCCCUCCCCCUCCCCCUGCUCCCACAACGCAAAUGCCUUCCACCCCAGGGUUUGUGGGCUACAACCCUUACAGCCAUCUGGCCUACAACAACCUCCGGCUGGGAGGGAGCUCCGGAGGCUCCAGCAGGAACUCCUCAGGCAUCACUGUCCCAAAGCCUCCCAAACCUCCAGACAAGCCCCUGAUGCCUUACAUGCGGUACAGCCGGAAGGUAAGCAGGAAGGUAUGGGACCAAGUCAAGGCAUCGAACCCGGACCUGAAGCUGUGGGAGAUCGGGAAGAUCAUCGGGGGGAUGUGGAGGGACCUGACGGACGAGGAGAAACAGGACUACCUGAACGAAUAUGAGGCGGAGAAGAUUGAGUACAACGACUCUUUGAAGGCCUACCACAACUCCCCCGCAUACCUGGCCUACGUCAACGCCAAGAACCGGGCAGAGGCUGCAAUGGAGGAGGAGAGCAGACAGAGGCAGAGUCGUAUGGACAAAGGAGAGCCGUACAUGAGCAUCCAGCCAGCUGAAGACCCUGAUGACUACGAUGACGGUUUUUCAGUGAAGCACACAGCCGCCGCUCGCUUCCAGAGGAACCAUCGGCUCAUCAGCGACAUCCUCAGUGAGAUCGUAGUGCCUGAUGUCCGCUCAGUGGUCACCACGGCGCGCAUGCAGGUCCUCAAGAGGCAGGUCCAGUCCCUAAUGGUGCAUCAGAGGAAGCUGGAGGCGGAGCUUCUGCAGAUUGAGGAUCGGCACCAAGAUAAGAAAAGGCGCUUCCUGGAGACCACGGACUCUUUCAACACUGAACUCAAGAGGCUGUGCAGUCAGAAGGUGGAGGUCGACAUGGAAAAGCUAGCAGCAGAGAUGGCCGCCGCAGAGGAGGCGGCCCGGCGCCGGGCGGAGGAGAGAGAGCGAGAGGCGGCAGAGCAGGCCGAGAACGCCGCUCAGCAGGCUCAGCAAGCUCAGCAGCAGCAGCAGGAGGCGGCGGCAAACAAAGCUACAGAGCAGAGCAAUGCCAAUGCUAGCAACACUGCUAGCCCUGCCUCAGGGACCAAGGAGGAGGACAAGCCGACACCAAUGGAGACAGAAGAGGCUGCCCCUGCAGAGCCCUCAGACCCCCAGCCUGCCCCCCCUCCCUCUGACCCCCCCUCCUCUGCCUCUGACAAAGCCAGUCCCCCCCCAGAGCCCCCCAGGGAGACCAGCACUCCAGUCAGCAGUGCCCCCAGUGAUGACAGCAGCAACAGCAGCAGCGGCAUGCCCCCUCCCUCCUUGGAGAGCAACCCCCCAGCGCCCGCACCCCCCGCUGCCCUCGAAUCUCCUGCAGCACCUGAAGCCCCCCCUGCUAACGCGGCCGCACCUCCACCUCCUCCUCCUCCUCCACCUCCGCCGCCGCCACCCUCUGCCUCAGAGGAACCAGCUCCACCGCCGCCACCACCGCUACUGCCCCCCAGCAGCCAGAGCGGGCAGCAGUACGACAUGUAAUGGUCAGAUAGAUGCACAGUGGUAGCUGUAGAAGCCCCCACCCCUUCCUGACGACGAAGAGGGACUCACGGUGUCUCCGCUCUGUGGAGGAGAAGAGCUGACAAUAAUAAACAACAGGUUUUUUCCUCCUCCAGCCUCAUGCUGCUGGAGCAAACGUUGAAUCUGCGUCCUUUAAAUUUACCCAGCAUGCCUGGUUCCAAUACGCGAGCAAAGAAAUAAAAAAAACUUCACCAAAGACGACAACACCUGACCCGACCGACUCUGUGCUGCAGACAUCUGGAGAACCGUUCCUCUCCUCUUGCCACGUCCCAUGAUGCAGUCUGUUAGUGAAACACUCAGCAUCAGAUACAGGUAUCUCACUGCUCUGUCACUCCACCUUUACAUCCACGCUCACACGGUCAGUUUGUAUGCGUGCUUGAGGCGGGGGAGUAAGGCCACAACUUCAUGAUUUUUACAUUAUCCAUUUAGAACAGAAAACAAACUCAGUGGAGAGACACCAGAGUGUUCAGGAUUCAUUGUUUAUAAAACACGUUGGUCAUUUCCCGUCUUUGUUUAAAUAUAAUCAUACAUUUCCAGCUACAUUAGUUAAGACCAAAAGAAAACGUUUGAUAGCCUAAGUGCUGAGAUUUCCCUGACUUCUCAGACGUCAUUGAACCUUACUCCAUUCUUAAAACAGUCAAAUAAAAAAGUUCCUUCUUGCUGAUAAGAGUGAGUGUAAACAUUUAGAAUACAGGGUCUAGUUAAGACAGCAUCCUCUGUCUGUUCAUAUUUAUUUCAGGGUCAUAGUGACGCAGUAAGCCUAACUCCAUCCAACAUUUGACUUGCCAGAUACUGCCACUCAGUGGAAACAGAUGGACGCACGCACUGCUCAUCCAGACUUUCAACCACAUACAUAGUUAAAUGCAAACUUCAGACAACUCCCACUGUGUAGACUUUGUACUGUUGGAUGUGGCUGAUAUGUUAUUUAAACCUUUAAAUCAGCCCUUUUUAUUUUUCUUAAAAGCAACUACAGCUGCAAACCUUUUGAGGUUUUAGUGCGUGACAUGUUCGGAGCAGCUAAAACCUCAACCUGUUUUCUGUUAAUGAAGAGUAACUUCGCAUGUAAGGACCUCAACCUUUAACCCCCCUUCAGACCAUUUUAGUUUCGAGUUUGCGUGGUUAGCAGAUCUACUACUGUUCUAUUUUUCUUAAUAGAGAUCUAGCCGAAGUAUAAUCAGUCCUCAUCAAACCUCUACCUUUUGAAUCUGAAGCUGUUCCUCGAUCCCAGGUCGGUCUUCCGCAUGGAGAGAGGCACAUGCUUAUGAUUUGUGCAACCAUGUUAUGCAUGUGACAAGAUAUACUAAAACGAAUCCUGAAAGUGUUUUAAUAAUCACAGAGAAGAGUUAGGACUGAGGAGAAGAGUGCAAAGUGGGGGGGGGGGAUAAAGUAGCAGCAUGUUUUAAAGGUGCUUUUUUUAAACUGAGGAUGAUAGAUGUGUUGACAUGGAUAUUGGUUCCCCUGCAUUUACUGCAUUUCUGUAGAAAGACUUUCAGUUAGUACGUAAUCUGUGAGAGCUUCAGGCUGCUUUUUAAGGAUGUAAAAUACUCACGCUCCCCUUCAGAUGUAACCUCAGUCGCUCGAGUAUUUAAAGGACUGUUUUCUUACUUGUAUUGAACUGUUUUUAGUAAUAUGCCUCUGUUUUUGCAUCUUUCUUUUGUACUGUCUAAAAUUACCCUAAUAAAAAUAAUUUCUCAGUCUUUUUCAA